AUGUCCGAUUUCGUCGAGUUAAUGAAAAGAGGAGGUAACGAAGCCCUAAAAUUGAAUCCACCUUACGGUGUCGAUUUCCAUAUCACCAAAGGUGGUUCCGAUUGGUUGUUUGCUGCCUGUUCCAUCUUUGGCAGUUUGGCCCUGCUUCUGAUCAUCGUCAUGUUCAGAAGACCAGUCAACGAAAGAAUGUUCUUCUACACUGCCAUUGCUCCUUGUGCAGUCAUGUCCGUCGCUUACUUCACCAUGGGUUCCAACUUGGGUUGGGCUAUCACUCAAGCCAUAUACAACAGACACAGAGUCUCUACCCAGACGACUCAUAUGGGUUUCAGACAAGUUUUCUACGCUAGAUACGUCGGUUGGUUUUUGGCUUUGCCAUGGGUUGUCAUCCAGGCUUCCAUAUUCGGUAAGACCCCAGUCUGGCACAUCUUCUUCAACGUUUUGAUGACCGAAUUCUACGUUGUUUCCUUUUUGAUCGGUAUUUUGGUCCACUCUCAGUACAGAUGGGGUUACUACACCUUCGGCUGUAUCUGUAUGUUCAUUGCCUGUAUCUCCGUCAUGACCACCACCAGAAACAUUGCCAAGAGAAAGGGCGGUGAAUUGUACACUUGCUUCACCUACUACUUCGGCAUCUGUAUGUUCUUCUGGUUCAUCUACCCAUUGAUCUGGGGUCUAUGUGAAGGUGGUAACGUUUUGAACAACGAUGCUGAGCAAAUUUGGUACGGUAUCAUGGACGUCUUGCUAAUGGGUUGUAUGCCUGUUCUUUUUGUCCCAGUUGCCUGCUACUUGGGCCAAGACAAAUUGGGCUACCACUUCGAAGACAUUGAGGCCGAACUAGAAAAGCUCGAGUCCUCCAUGCCACCAAAAAAGUCUUCUACCAAGUCUCUAGGUAAGAAGAAGAAGUCUAAGAAAUAA